AUGGGUGACGGGAAUCCUGAGCGAGUGCUCGGAAAAGUGAUUCCACGCGUAUCCAGCUUGCCUCAACUAAUCGUACCGCAUUUCAUCAUAGGUCUGGGUGUCGGCUGUACGGAUGUUUCGGUAUUGUCGCUGUUGGCUUCAUUCGGCGAUAUCUGGUAUCGGGAAUGGUGUUAUUCGAUGAUAUACGCUCUGAACCAGGCGGCGGUUUGCGCAGCCUAUUCUCUCGGUCCCGCUUGGGCGGGCGUCUCGGUUUCGCACUUCGGAUUUCCUGCCACGAUGACAACGUUGUCAGUGGUGAACAUUAUCUACGCCCCGUUCACCCUGGCGCUCCGUCCCCUGGAAAGAGCCCUCACAAGGGUACACGCCAAAAUGGAGUCGCGUUUCGCGGACGAGUAG